AUGGCUUACAUAAACUUUGUGUACGGUUUAGUGAUCAUGAUGAUGAGCCUGUCCAGCAGUGCUAGUACCAGUACUAGUACCACCGCUAGUGCUGGUGCUAGUACAAGUGUUGCUACUGCUGAAGAUAGUACUAGUACCACUACUAGUGCUGAAGAAGUUGGUGAGACUGAAGAUUUGCUUAUCCAAAUUCUCUUCCGUUUGCCGGUGAAAUCUCUACUUAGAUUCAAAUGCGUUUCCAAGAGAUGGAAGAGCAUUAUUUCUACUCCCUACUUCUCCAUCAAUCACACUCGUAGAAAUCCAAAACCCAUAUCAUCCAGCCUGCUGAUGCUCAAUGAUCGAUCUUUAAUCCUUCUGUCACUUGGGAACCAUGAGAAUAAUACUAAGGCUGAUUAUCGAAUCCCAUCAUUUGGCUUCUUCAACAUCACCGCCGACGUAACCAUGAGGAUUCUGGGGAUGUGCAAUGGCUUGAUGUUAUGUUUCAUAACCUCAGCCUUCAAAGAACACGAGUACGCUUAUUGUGUUGGCAACAUCACAACUAAGCAGCUCAGGAAACUUCCUCCCCCGAGCAUGCUCGCGAGCAACCUGAUUAUCGGUAUGAAUUUGGCUUUUGAUCCAUCGAACUCACCUCAUUUUAAAGUCAUCUGCGUUGGCCAACACUUCAUGCAGGACGCUGGAAGUUGUGAAAUUGAGAUUUACUCAUCAGAAACCGACGAAUGGAAACUCUGGAAUGGCUCCUUCUGCAAUCCUUUCGAUAUUCUGGAAGUUUUUGAUCGCGGGGUUUUUUGCAAUGGUGCAAUGCACUGGCUUAAUUUUGGGGGCGACUCAUUUUACUUUGUUCUUGAGAACGAGGUCAUGAAAAUUAUGCCAAUGCCUCCCAUGCAUAGCGAUAUUUAUACUACCAAGAGGCUAAGGUUUUUAGGGCAGUCUGGAGGGUACCUACAUUUGGUUGAUUUUGAAUCAAACCUUUAUCAUAAUCCACCGAUGGAUAUAUAUGAGAUGAGGAAGGAUUAUUCAGGAUGGAUUUUGAAGCACAGAUUUGAUCCCAAUAACAUAGCAAUGGAAUUCCCAGAAAUGACUAGAGAAAUCCGGGUGAAUACUCAAUACACUGAUGAUGAAAACGACACUAGUAUUCAUACGGCCAGGUACUAUUUGUGCUCAAUCAUGAGCACUAGAAGGGCUCCAGAUGGGGAGAGUAUAGAGGUUAUACUUCUUCUACCCAGCCGUAUUAUCGCAUACAAUCCUAAGGAUAACAGCAGCAGGACGCUCCUGGUGUUGAAGAAAAGAGUAGCGGUUCAAGAUCACAAGUGGUAUGAUGUGCAUCAGUUCACUGAGACCCUCUCUUGGCUUUAA